GUGUAUAAAAACAAAAAAAUUAUAGAUUUAAUGCUUGAGUUAUUAGAAAUAGAUAAAUAAACAUUUUAAUUGAGUAUAUUAAUGGAAAUUGAGUAUUAUGAACCUUCCUUCAGUCAUUUAUUUUUGAUAGCAAUAUUGGUUGGUCUUUUGGGUUUUUGUGGUUUAGGUUGUUGGAUGGAAAUGAAAAAGUGCCAUACAAUUAAUAAAACAGAUUGA